AUGGAAGGUGUCAAUGAACACCAACAGAGCUCUGACACACCUUCUAAAUGCAUCAAAGAAGACAAGAUGCAGGACAUAUUAGACAAAGUACAACACUCAACAAACACCAAACCAAUAAGUGUAAAACAAGUUGCUACAACAGACAACAACACUAAACCUACUGAACAAGCAGCAACAAGCACUAACAAUAGCACAAACAUAGCAUUAACACUGACCCCCAUGCCAAGCAACAUGGGCACCGACGAUCAAAUGAUCAUUGAUAUCCUGGUUACACCACCAAACAAUGAAUCAACAAAAUCAAAACCUCAAUGUCCUUUGAACAAGCCCAUAAAACAAUCGGUAAAUUCCAAACUAGAACUCUCUGACAAACCAGAGGAGCUACCCAUAGACAUCAUAAAAUUUCUGCCUUUCACACUACCAAUCGAGGAUAACACUAGGGCAGCAGCAAUGGGUAAAGCACUCAGACUUUAG